AUGGAGGUUGUGCGUGGCGCGGUGCCCGACUGGCUCCGCGGCGCGUACCUCCGCAACGGCCCCGGCCUGUUUGAGGCGGGCGAGCGAAGGCUGCGGCACUGGUUCGACGGCUACGCCCUGCUAACCCGCGUGCAGCUCAGCGGUGGAGAGACGCCUCCGCGCCUCACGACUCGCUUCGUCGAGACCGACGCGCUAACGGCGGCGCGGGCGGGCUCCCUCGGGUACGCCGAGUUCCAGACUCCGCUCAGCGAGCCGGGCGGUGGCGUGGCGGGCGCGCUUCGGUCCCUGGCGGCGCUCGCGGCGGGAGACCCAACGGACAACUGCUGCGUCAACCUCGUCCGGCACGGCGGCGACCUCGUCGCGAUGACCGAGACGCAGCGCUCCUGGAGGGCAAUCGACCCGGCGACGUUGAAGCGCGUGCCGUGGGCGGCAGGCUCGCGGCUGGGCGUGCUGGGCACGGCGCACCCGCACCCCGACCCGGCGGGCGGAGGAGGGCUGAUCAACGUGGCGACCGACAUCAACCCUCCCUUCUUCUCGUCGUACCAGGUCUACACGGUGAGCGCACAGCCGCCGUGGCAUCGCCAGCUCCUCGCCUCGAUCCCGUGCGACGACCGCGCGGCGCCUCGCCGGCUGCACUGGUUCGGACUCGCGUCCGUGACGUGGCUGACUGAUGGCCAGCUCCUUGGCUUCUCAGGCGCCGCGCUGGCUGCACUCGUUCGGCGUCACGGACCGGACAUGCGACUGCUCGCCCAGUGCAGGUCGCCGGUGCCACUGCCCGCCGGCUUCCACGGCUGCUGGCUGGAGGAGGGGGGCGGGCUCGGGACCGUAGCGAGGCCGCUCAAGUUUGUUGUUUUUGACUCGGUUGCGGCGCGCCGGCAUGCGCGGGUGAUGCGAUGGCUGAACUAG